AUAGAUAGAUAGAUAGAUAGAAUUUGAGUUGUUUUUUAUGCUUCCAAACAAUCGGUUUGUUAUACUGCCUGGAGGAGGAGGAUUUCAUGUCAUGUGUCUUCAUCCCAUCUCAUGUUAGCUAACCAACUUAGUUAGCAAAAAUGUAGUGAAACGCUGCGCUAUUUAUUUAUUUUUCCAUUCAUCAUGGCGAGUUUACACAUAGCGCUAGUGUUCGUCAUCUGUAUGGUCGUGCACAGAAGCUGUGAAGCCCUUCUGUGCAACUGCACCACUGCAGAGUGUGUGAGGACGAGCGGCUUCUGGUGUGAGACAGACGGAGCCUGCGUGGCCUCCACGUCCCUCAUCGACGGUAAAGAGCAUCAUCUUCGCGCUUGCAUCAGCAGAGACAGACUUGAACCUCCCGGACAGCCCUUCUAUUGUAAAAGUGCCGAGGGCCUGGUCAACAUUUACUGCUGCUACAUUGACUACUGCAACAGCAUUGAGCUCAAAGUGCCAUCUGCGACCGCCCAGCCAGGUUCCGACGAAGCUUUCCCGCCAGGUGGGACGUGGGGGCUGCUGGAACUGGUGGCUGUGACUGCAGGGCCGCUACUCCUGCUUUGUCUUCUGCUGCUGCUCGGUGUGCUCGUGUAUCAGCACCAGCGGAGGACCUGCGGCCAUAGACAGAGGCUGCAGGUGGAAGACCCCUCCUGCGACCACCUCUUCAUGCCCAAUGACAGGAGCCCGCAUGACUUCGUUUACGAUCUGUCGACAUCUGGUUCCGGCUCAGGCCUGCCUCUGUUUGUCCAAAGGACCGUCGCUAGAACAAUUGUCCUCCAAGAGGUCAUCGGAAAGGGGCGCUUUGGCGAGGUGUGGCGAGGGCGUUGGCGUGGCGGCGACGUGGCGGUGAAAAUCUUCUCCUCCAGAGAAGAGCGCUCUUGGUUCCGUGAGGCUGAAAUCUAUCAGACCAUCAUGAUACGACACGAGAACAUCCUGGGCUUCAUUGCAGCUGACAACAAAGACAAUGGCACAUGGACUCAGCUGUGGUUGGUGUCCGACUACCACGAGUACGGUUCCCUGUUCGACUACCUCAACCGCUACUCCGUCACAGCUGAUGGGAUGAUCAAACUGGCGUUGACUGCUGCCAGCGGCCUGGCACAUCUGCAUAUGGAAAUACUUGGAACGCAAGGUAAGCCGGGCAUCGCCCAUCGUGACCUGAAGUCUAAAAACAUCCUCGUGAAGAAGAACGGCACCUGUGCCAUCGCCGAUCUCGGUCUAGCCGUCCGGCACGACUCCGUCACAGAUACUAUCGACAUUGCUCCCAACCAAAGAGUGGGAACCAAGAGGUACAUGGCUCCAGAGGUGCUGGACGAGACAAUCAACACGAGACACUUUGAGUCGUUCAAAUGUGCUGACAUCUACGCUUUGGGACUGGUCUACUGGGAGAUUGCGCGUCGCUGCAACAGUGGAGGUAUCCAUGAAGAAUAUCAGCUGCCAUACUACGACCUGGUGCCCUCAGACCCUUCAGUUGAAGAUAUGAAAAAGGUGGUGUGUGACCAAAAGAUUCGACCUAACAUCUCCAACUGGUGGCAGAGCCACGAGGCUUUGCGGGUUAUGGGCAAAAUAAUGAGGGAGUGUUGGUAUGCCAACGGCGCUGCCCGCUUGACUUCCCUGCGCAUCAAAAAAACCUUGUCCCUGCUUACUGUCAAAGAGGACAUUAAAGUCUGAUCUGAAAUCAGUCAAACAUUAAGAAAGAGCUCAUGGAUGUGUCACAUCCACAAGUUAGCCUUCCUCAGACGCACUUUGAAAAUGUGACACUGUUAAUGACGACUGCAAAGGUUUUGUGAGUGUUUUAAGGCACUCGCCUACCCAGACAGGUCUGGUUCCCUUUUUGCUCAUCCAGAGACUGUCCCUGCACUUGUAAGCAAUCGAUGACACCGAAUGUAUUCAGGUUUUUUUUUUUUAAAUGCUUUGAAGGUGUUGGCAAGUUUUGCUGAGAAGCAUGUGAUUCCACAGUGGCUGUAAAUGCAACCAGGUAACAUCCUUCAGGUCUUUGGACAUUGUUUCUCACAUAGUAGAUAUUGUAGUCAGACAUGCACCCAAAUGCAAGGAUCGCAUCAAUUUUGUUUUAAAUUUCAUCUCAUAGGAUACUCUUAGUUCUAACCUGUUGACUAUAUAGUACAGAGGUGAGAAAGCACUUUCUAAUCGAAAGUCCUCCGAGGCACAUAUUAAAAAAAAAAAAGGACAAAAAUGGCCCCACAUGUUCCCCACCGCGGUAAUAAUAAUUUUUUUGUGCAUAUUUAUGUGGAAUACUACUUUAAAAGACUCCAAAUCUCAGAAAUAUUUUGGAGAACAGGCACACUUUUGCUGUAAUGUUUAUUUCUAUUUGUCUGCUUAUUGAACAACCCCCAAAAAGGCCUCAUGUGCGUUACUACUGAGCUUGCUGCUUGGCUUACCUGUAACAAACAGACCACUGUACACAAACUGUCAAUGUAUCUGUUUUUGUCAUAAGCACUGUAAAAGCUUGUCAAGUUAUACAUUUGGAUGUUAAAAGCGAUAAUGAAAGACGA